GCAGAAAGCAAGAAUAAACUUUUGAGAAAAUCGCAUUUAUUGCCUACAUUUUAUGUGUGCUUUUCUCAUACUACACUGCGGACAUGCAUUUUACGAUGUACAGUACAGAGUUACAGAGUACAUUUCUGUUAGUAGAGUUAGAGAUUUUGUGUACUAUUUUAUGUUCUAAUCAAUUAUUAUUAUCGACAAUUUUGAUUUAAAUAUUACACUAAUGUGUCUUAAUUAAUUUGAAUAACAAUUACACACAGGAACCUUUUGUGUCCUGCUAGAUUGUAAGUAAAAAAUGGACUAUCAUUAAUUUAGAAUUAGUAUCUCAAUGAUUGAAAUAAUUCACUGCUAAUCGAAUAAGGUUAUUAAUUAAAAUGGAUAACGGGGAAAAUAGUACAGGCCCAUUUGAGCAUAAAAUGGAUUUGGAAAAAGAGUUAACAAAUAAAUUUUUAAGUGGUCAAAUGACCUUCGCUGAUUAUUCUAAUGAAUGGUAUAAUUAUGAUGACGAUGAUGAUGAAGAUGCUAAUGCAGAUGAGACUCCCAACCGAUUACUGGACGAAGAACCCCCACAGUCGUUGCAGACUACCGAUAAAGUGACUAGACGCCGAAAAAUUACACGGUUAUCGCCGGCACUUUUAGGUUUAAUGGGUGAAGCUAAUUUGCGGUUUGUGAGAGGAGAGAAAGAUACUGCAGAAAGGAUGUGUCAUGAGAUAAUAAAACAAAUACCUACCGCACCAGAACCAUAUCAAACUUUGGCUCAGAUAUAUGAGAAUGAUUCAGAGAAAUCAUUGCAGUUUUCUCUAUUAGCAGCUCACUUGAGUCGGCCUGAUGCAACCGAGUGGCUUCGGUUGGCAGCUUUGUCUAAGGAAAGAAAUGAUGUCAAACAAGUAAUGACAUGUUACACUCAAGCCAUUAAAGCUCAGCCACAUAAUCUAGAUAUACAUUUAAAAAGACUUGAAAUAUUAUCAACUCUAGAAGAAAUAAAAUAUCCACUGCACACACUAAGUAUAAAUCGCGUUAAAUGUUAUCAUCGUAUUGUAGCUUGUUUACCAGAAAGUGAAGGUGAAACAAUUAUGAAAUAUGCUAAAAUGGCUACAACAUUAUAUCAUAAUUCAAAUGAAGUUGAACGUGCUGUGGAAGUGAUGGGAACUGCAUAUAAGAAAUGUCCAGCUCUUUUUACUUUAGAAGAUAUCAAUAUUUUAAUAGAACUCUUAAUAACUGUAAAACAAUAUCAAACAUGCUUGGAAAUAUUUGUUGCCAAUGUCGGUGUAGACAUAGAGGCUGAAAUACAAACUAUUAAGAAUGCAGAUGGACAAAUAGAAGAGCAAACAAAUUAUAUUAAGUGUUCUAUUCCAAAUAAUUUGCCAAUAGAUCUGAAAAGCAAAUUAUUAAUAUGUUUUAUUUAUUUAGGUGCUAUCAAUUUAGUGCAAACAUUACUGAAAGACUUUUUAUCUAAUGAUGUUGAAAACGCUGGAGAUUUGUAUAUGGACAUAGAAGAAGCACUAUCAGCAGUUGGGCACCAUGAAUUAGCAAUGCAGCUUUUGGUGCCAUUGGUAAAUAAUAACAGCUUCAAUUUAGGUGCUGUGUGGCUGAAACAUGCAGAUUGUUUAAAUAAUCUAGGCAGAUAUGAAGAUGCAGUAGAGUCUUAUUAUAAAGUUUUAAAACAUGCUCCUCAGCAUCCAGAUGCUCGGAGAAAAUUGUUUGACCUUCUUGAAAAAAAGGGCAAUAUUGAGGAAGCCUUAAAAAUAUUACAACAAGAUUAUAAAUAUGUAAUUAGUGCUCAACUACUACAUGAACAAUGUUGUGUAUUAAAAAAAUAUAAUAAAAUGAUGAAUUACUUGGAAAAUUCCAGUAUCUUCCCGAUCUUAAGAUUACUGUUACCGACGUGCGAACGAGAAAGGAACGCGUAUAAUUUAAAGGAGAAGAAGCUCGGUGAUCUGUUAGUGAAGGUCUUAUCUAUAAAGAAUUCUUUAGAUGCAAAGAAGCUUCUGCAACAUAGAUCCUCAUCCUCAUCAUCAGUAAGCAGUGCAGCCAACCAAGAUUUCGCUGGUGUAGCUUAUUACGUUAUAAAAAAUAAAGUCCGUGAUGAAUGUGGCGAUCUUACUAUAGGCGACGUAAAUGAAAUUCUUGAUAAAAUAGCAACGGCCGAAGUUGGAAAUAAAGGACCCGUGUUGGUGGAGACGUUUGAGUAUGCAAUUAGUAAAUUAAGCGCAAAGCAAUUUAAGUGGUUUCUUCGGAUAAUUCUUAAAGACUUGAAACUGGGUUUUAGUGUUGACCGUAUUUUAGCGGCUUAUCAUCCUGACGCGCCUACAUAUUAUAAAAAUUGCAACAACCUUUAUAAGGUGUGUGAAGAGUUUGACGAUGGUAACAGCCGGCCUUUGGAGCUGGGCGUCCAACUGUUUUGUGCUGUGAGUCCCAUGCUUUCAGAACGAUUAAACGUCACCCAAGUGGCACAGCGAUUGUCCCCCGAGAAGAAGUAUCACAUAGAAAACAAAUUUGAUGGCGAGAGGUUUCAGAUGCACAUGAAAAAUGGAGAAUUUGAAUAUUUUUCAAGAAGAGGCUAUCCGUACUCGCAGAAGUAUGGUAAAACAUACGAAACUGGAUUAUUGACGCCCUAUUUGAAGAAUUGCUUCAGCCAGAGUGUUACAAAUUUCAUAUUAGACGGUGAAAUGAUGGGCUGGCACAAAACUGAUAAAUCGUUCAGAGUUAAAGGUGAAUCUUUCGAUGUCAAGAAAAUAACGGAACAUUCUAGUCUAAGGCCGUGUUUCUGUGUAUACGAUGUGUUGUACUACAAUGAUAGAGUGUUAGUGGGCACCUCGGAUAAGGGCGGAGUGCCUUUACAAGAACGUUUGAAAUUACUUGACACCAUGUUCAGUGAUGUCCCCGGCGUCCUACAACAUAGUAAAAGGAUACCUGUCAAAGAUAGUGUUGAUAUAUUAGACAAAUUAAAUGACGCUAUCAAAUUGCAAGAAGAGGGAAUUGUUGUGAAAGACAUCGCUUCCUACUACGUGCCUCAAGCGCGUAACGCGGGGUGGUACAAAAUUAAACCAGAGUACACCGAUGAAACUAUGAACGACUUAGACUUCGUAAUAAUUGGAGCUGAUGAAGCAGAGAAUAAGCGACAUGGUCGUGCCAAUAGUUUCUACGUAGCCUGCGCUGACAUCUCUACUCCAGGUGACCCCCCUCACCGUUGGGUGUCAGUGGGGUGCGUAUCAAGUGGCUUCACAAAUGAGCAGUUGCAAAGUGUCUGCGAGCUGUUGGAACGCAAUUGGGAACCAACAAAACGAACGUCUCCCCCCGCGACUCUUGUAUUCAACAAAAAGAAACCAGACUUUUGGAUUAUGCCAAAAGAUUCUAUAGUGUUGGAGAUCCGCGCAACAGAACUGAUUCGCAGUGUAGAGUACGGCACCUCCCACACGCUGCGUUUCCCACGGGUCACCAAGUUGCGGGAUGACAAACCUGUCAAUGACGUCAUCACGCUGGAACAGUUUAAUUUGCUGACAGAGAGUAAAAGCAAUGUCAUAAAACUAGCCACGAAGACUCUGGAACCAGGACAAAUAGACGAUGCCACCGCCAUUAAACCACGGAAGAAACGUGUCGCUAAUAUUCCUGAAGUGCAUGAAAAAUUUCGUCCCAAGAUUGCUAAAGAUGUCCAAGUGAUUUCAAACGCUUUACUCGAUAGAAAAAUUUACAUCAUGCCGACAGACGAUAAGGAAGGCGAUUUAGAAUUAAAUACUAUUGUGAUGUCGCACGGAGGCAAGAAUGUUCAUAAUGUAGGUUGGGACACGUGGUGCACGGUGGUGGGUUGCAUGACACCUCGCGUCCGAAACAUGCUGAAGUCUCAGGUAGUCGACGUCGUUUCUGCCGACUGGCUACGACAACUGCCGCCAUCACCAACGCCCUGCCAACUGCGCCCUCUUGAUUUGCUCGAGAUGAAGCCCUCCACCAGAUUAAGUUUCCGUAGAGACUAUGACCAUUUCGGAGAUAGCUAUACGCAACCAAUAGACAAGUGUACCCUAAAGAGAUGUUUUGAGAAGAUGGAAACAGAACCAAAGUUGUAUCUCACAAGACAAGAGAUAAUUGCGGUUGACAAACAUAUAUUUGAUGAUGAAAAUCCAUUUUCCUUUCUUCGUCCUUGCACCAUAUAUUUAUACAACGAUAACAGCAUUUAUGCUAUAUUGGCAAAAUUGUACGGUGCAUCAGUGGUAUUUGAUAAAGCAGCGGAUUUAACCCACGUAGUCGUACCAACAGCAACUAAUGCGGAUGUUGUAAUGGACUUGAAAACGAAAUUUGGGGUUCCAGUAAUCUCUGAAAAUUGGUUGGAUGAAUGUAUUCUUUCCAAAAAACGAAUUUGUGAAGAUAGAUUUACUUUAUGAUUGUGCGAUAAAGUUUAUAUUGUUAUAUCCAGGAGAAUUAAAAU